AUGCGCCACCUCGUUGCGCGGGACCCUUCAGCGGCCUUCGUUCCGCCGCCGCUCGCCUCUUCCGCCUCCGUCACCUUGCGCUGCCCGCAAUGCGCCGCGCCGAUAUCAAUCCCGCAGCGGACAUCCCGCGCAACAGGCGCAGAUGGCGCAGCAGCAAACAACCCAGGCCAUGGGGGGCCUUCCGCGCUCACAGGAGGGGGAGGCGGAGCGGGGGGAGGCGCAGGGAUAAGUGGAGGGGGAUGGCGCAUGGCGCCUUUCAUGCGGGAUAGCCUUGCCACGGUGAGAUGGGGAGGGUGGGGUGGAGGGAGGGGAGGGGGGAGAGAAAAUGGGGGGAGAAGGGAGGAAGGGGGAAGGAGGGGGAGGGUCAAGGGGGAGGGAUGGUCACACCCCACCUUGCAACAAGCGGUGAUGCCUCGUCCUCAGCCGGGCAAGCACAUCCUUGCCACAGCCAUGGCUGGGACAAUUUGUGAUGCCGCGGCUGGGCAAGCGCAUUCCCAGAUCCAGGGGACUGCAAUACCUAUUGGGGGUGAGAGGGAAGGGGUGAUGAGAGUGGUGCGAGAGUGGAGGGGUGAGAGUGGUGUGAGAUUGGAGGGGUUCCGCCAGUGGCAGUGGCUGCAGCAGCAGGUGCAGGAGUGGGAGGUGCAGGAAUGGGAGGUCAGUGCCUGCAGUCUCCCUUGCUCGUCUCUCUCACUCCUCUCCCUCACCCCUCUCCAUCCUCUCUCCCGUGAUCGUGUUUCCCUUGCUCUUCUCUUUCUAACCUCUUCCUCUCGUCCCCUCUCCUGUCCACCCUCCAAGCCUCUCCACUAG